GAUAAGCGAACGCAGAGUAUAAAAAUUGAGGGCUCAGCAUUUCCGUCGUUUAGUGUUUGGCUGCUCGCGUUUGACGUGUUCAUAAAAAAUCAAAGUGAAAAAUUCAAUAAGUAAAACGACAGCAACGUAAGUUGUCGCAGCCGCACACCGUGCGUCCUUCAGCCACAAUUGUUCAUUCACAUCAUUACUAAUAUUGAAGCAUCAUCACCAACAAAAUGCUACGCUGCCAGUAUGGCAUAUUUAGCUUGUUUGUGCUUUUCGCGCUCACAAAUGCUUUCGAUAUCAGCAGCAUGGAACCCGUUGCCGAUAAACACAUACAAACCGGAAAUCGUAUGCUCUACGAAAGGGAAAUCAACGCGAACAUUUCGCAAGCGGAGGCAGCACAAGAGGAUGCCGUCGAUGGUGUGCUCGAUGUAAAUGAGAUACCAGUGAGUUUUGAUGAUGCACAACUGUGGCGUAUCUAUAAUAUAUCAGAGCAUAUGCAGAACAACAUGCCAUUGGCCGAGAUGUUGGAGAGGCAAUUCGGUGGCGUUGUUUGGAAGGAAAAUCCAAAAUUUCUUGAUAUCUCCAUCAAUAAGGAGAACUUGAAAGCAGCACGCAGCUAUCUCAGUGAGCACAACAUCGACAAAGAGGUCAUGCAUACGAAUAUACAGGAGCUGAUCGAUGCUAGUGAAUUAGAGGGCAUCAAGGCGUCACAAGCGGAGGCGGGUAGCCGUAUAAAGAAACAAACACGAAGCGGAAUGCAUUGGAGGGACUACCAAGAUUUACAAGUGAUUUAUGCGUUCAUGCGUGAAAUACGCACAAAGUUUCCAAAGAUCUGUCGUUUGUACUCUAUUGGAAAGACGGUGGAGGGACGUGAUCUGAGGGUGUUGAGAAUCUCGGAGAACCCACGAGAGUACAAAAAGAUCUGGAUCGAUGGUGGCAUACAUGCACGCGAGUGGAUCAGUCCGGCAACUGUUACUUACAUCAUUUAUCAGCUAUUAUCGAAUUGGAAUCGGCAACCGGCGUAUUUAAAGCAACGGACUUGGUACUUUAUGCCCGUUAUGAAUCCCGAUGGCUACGUCUACAGUCGCAAAGUGAAUAGAAUGUGGCGUAAGAACCGCGCACCUUUGUCCGAUCCAAACUGUUUCGGUGUCGAUGAAUCGUAAUUUUAAUAUUUGAAUCGUAAUUUUAAUAUUAAUUGGAGUGGACCUGGUUCAUCGACUAAUCCGUGCAGCGAAAUAUAUCGUGGCGUAUCACCCGCCUCUGAAUUGGAAACGAAAGCGGUCUCGCGUUUCCUAUUGCGUCGCAGACGUAAUCUAGAAGCUUAUUUAACUUUUCACAGCUAUGGUCAAAUUAUCGCCUAUCCUUGGGCUUACAAACGAGAGAAAGUUAGGAACUUUGCGGAGUUGCAAAGGAUCGGCGAUACGGCCGUACGGCGCAUUAAGGAAAAGACCGGCACUGAUUAUCGUUGCGGUGUGACAAAUUCAAUAAUGAGUGUUGCCGGUGGCGGUUCGGAUGAUUGGUCGCGUGCAAAGGCUUUUGCGAAAAUUGUUUACACCAUCGAAUUGCGUGAUACCGGAAGUAGGGGGUUCCUACUAGACCCACCGCAAAUUCUCCCAACUGCCGAGGAGGGCUGGACCAUUGUAGACACUGUAGCACGGAAUGUUGGACAAAAUGGUUGUCGCAGCCGCACACCCAUCAUCACCAACAAAAUGCUACGCUGCCAGUAUGGCAUUUUUAGCUUGUUUGUGCUUUUCGCGCUCACAAAUGCUUUCGAUAUCAGCAGCAUGGAACCCGUUGCCGAUAAACACAUACAAACCGGAAAUCGUAUGCUCUACGAAAGGGAAAUCAACGCGAACAUUUCGCAAGCGGAGGCAGCACAAGAGGAUGCCGUCGAUGGUGUGCUCGAUGUAAAUGAGAUACCAGUGAGUUUUGAUGAUGCACAACUGUGGCGUAUCUAUAAUAUAUCAGAGCAUAUGCAGAACAACAUGCCAUUGGCCGAGAUGUUGGAGAGGCAAUUCGGUGGCGUUGUUUGGAAGGAAAAUCCAAAAUUUCUUGAUAUCUCCAUCAAUAAGGAGAACUUGAAAGCAGCACGCAGCUAUCUCAGUGAGCACAACAUCGACAAAGAGGUCAUGCAUACGAAUAUACAGGAGCUGAUCGAUGCUAGUGAAUUAGAGGGCAUCAAGGCGUCACAAGCGGAGGCGGGUAGCCGUAUAAAGAAACAAACACGAAGCGGAAUGCAUUGGAGGGACUACCAAGAUUUACAAGUGAUUUAUGCGUUCAUGCGUGAAAUACGCACAAAGUUUCCAAAUAUCUGUCGUUUAUACUCUAUUGGAAAGACGGCGGAGGGACGUGAUCUGAGGGUGUUGAGAAUCUCGGAGAACCCACGAGAGUACAAAAAGAUCUGGAUCGAUGGUGGCAUACAUGCACGCGAGUGGAUCAGUCCGGCAACUGUUACUUACAUCAUUUAUCAGUUAUUAUCGAAUUGGAAUCGGCAACCGGCGCAUUUAAAGCAACGGACUUGGUACUUUAUGCCCGUUAUGAAUCCCGAUGGCUACGUCUACAGUCGCAAAGUGAAUAGAAUGUGGCGUAAGAACCGCGCACCUUCGUCCGAUCCAAACUGUUUCGGUGUCGAUUUGAAUCGUAAUUUUGAUAUUAAUUGGAGUGGACCUGGUUCAUCGACUAAUCCGUGCAGCGACACAUAUCGUGGCGUAUCACCCGCCUCUGAAUUGGAAACGGAAGCGGUCUCGCGUUUCCUAUUGCGACGCAGACAUAAUCUAGAAGCUUAUUUAACUUAUCACAGCUAUGGUCAACUGAUCACCUAUCCGUGGGCUUACAAACGGGAGAAAGUUAGGGACUCUGCGGCGUUGCAAAGUGUCGGCGACACGGCCGUACAGCGCAUUAUCAGUAAGACCGGCACUGUUUAUCGCAGCGGUGUAACAAAUUCGCUAUUGAGUGUUGCCGGUGGCGGCUCGGAUGAUUGGUCGCGUGCAGCGUGUAAUGUGAAAUAUGUUUACACCGUCGAAUUGCGUGAUACCGGCAAAGAUGGUUUUAUACUACCGCCAGAUCAAAUUCGUGGAACUGCCGAGGAGGGAUGGAUCAUUGCAAAUACUGUAUCACAGGCUGUUCGACGGUAAUAUAAUUUAUUUCUAUUUGAGUAUUUCUAAAUAAUGUAUAUAUAUGUAAGUGUAUGUGUGUGUGUGAAAUUUUUUGAGUUAUGUACGUGUGAAUGUUAAAAAAUAUAUAUACAGAUAUUUAAAAAAAGAACUAUGUGCAUAUGUACUACAUAAUAUUUCCUUUUCGAAAAUCAAUAAA